GGAUUCCCGGCCCUCCUCCUCCUCCCUCUUUCUUUUCUUUUUUUUUUUUUUUUUUUUUUUCCUCCUCUCCCCUUUUCUUUUCCUCCCCCCUCCCCUCCCCUUCCUCCUCCUCCUCCCCUUCCCCCGACAGCGUAGCCGGGGCUCGGGCUCGCUCCCUCCCCCGUGCCCUCCCCUGGAGCCGCCGCCGCCGCCUCCGCCGUCGCACACGGAGACAUGUACCCGGGAGCCCCCUCCGCCGGACCCGUGCUCACACCUCCUCCACCGUUGCCACCGCCAAUACAGGGAUAUGCCUUUAAACCUCCUCCUCGACCAGAUUUUGGCACUUCUGGGAGAACAAUCAAACUGCAGGCCAACUUCUUUGAAAUGGACAUUCCUAAAAUAGAUAUCUACCAUUAUGAAUUGGAUAUAAAGCCAGAAAAAUGCCCUAGAAGAGUUAACAGAGAAAUCGUGGAGCAUAUGGUUCAGCACUUUAAAACCCAGAUUUUUGGGGACCGCAAGCCAGUGUUUGAUGGAAGGAAAAACCUUUACACAGCUAUGCCACUUCCCAUCGGGAGAGAUAAACAGGUGGAGCUGGAGGUCACGCUGCCAGGAGAAGGAAAGGACAGAAUAUUUAAGGUGGCUAUAAAGUGGAUGUCCUGUGUGAGUUUGCAGGCUUUACAUGAUGCUCUUUCUGGCCGGCUGCCCAGUGUCCCGUUUGAGACCAUCCAGGCACUGGAUGUAGUGAUGAGGCACUUGCCUUCCAUGAGGUAUACUCCCGUGGGGAGAUCUUUUUUUACAGCAUCAGAAGGGUGCUCAAAUCCUUUGGGUGGUGGCAGGGAAGUUUGGUUUGGCUUCCAUCAGUCAGUCAGACCUUCAUUAUGGAAAAUGAUGUUAAAUAUUGAUGUGUCUGCAACUGCAUUUUACAAAGCACAGCCAGUGAUCGAGUUUGUAUGUGAAGUUCUGGACUUCAAAAGUAUUGAAGAACAACAAAAACCUCUGACAGAUUCCCAAAGGGUAAAGUUUACCAAAGAAAUAAAAGGUCUAAAGGUGGAGAUAACACACUGUGGACAAAUGAAAAGGAAGUACAGAGUGUGCAACGUCACCAGACGACCUGCAAGCCACCAAACAUUCCCACUUCAGCAGGAGAAUGGACAAACCGUUGAAUGCACUGUAGCUCAGUAUUUCAAGGACAGGCAUAAAUUAGUUUUACGCUAUCCUCACCUUCCAUGUUUACAAGUUGGACAGGAGCAGAAACACACAUACCUUCCUCUGGAGGUGUGCAACAUAGUGGCAGGACAAAGAUGCAUAAAGAAACUCACUGACAAUCAAACUUCCACUAUGAUUCGAGCCACUGCCAGAUCAGCACCGGACCGUCAAGAGGAGAUCAGCAAGUUGAUGCGGAGUGCAAGCUUUAACACCGACCCUUACGUUCGGGAGUUCGGGAUAAUGGUCAAAGAUGAAAUGACGGAUGUGACCGGCAGAGUCCUCCAGCCUCCCUCAAUCCUCUAUGGAGGCAGGAAUAAAGCAAUUGCUACACCAGUACAAGGAGUCUGGGACAUGAGGAAUAAACAGUUUCACACUGGAAUUGAAAUAAAGGUCUGGGCCAUCGCGUGCUUUGCUCCCCAGCGCCAGUGCACUGAAGUUCAUCUGAAGUCCUUCACAGAACAACUGAGGAAGAUUUCCAGGGAUGCUGGAAUGCCCAUCCAGGGGCAGCCGUGCUUCUGUAAAUACGCACAGGGAGCCGACAGCGUGGAGCCCAUGUUCAGACACCUCAAGAACACUUACACUGGGCUGCAGCUUGUCGUGGUGAUUCUGCCAGGAAAAACACCAGUCUAUGCGGAGGUGAAGCGCGUUGGCGACACCGUGCUGGGAAUGGCCACGCAGUGUGUGCAGAUGAAAAACGUCCAAAGAACAACACCUCAAACCCUGUCUAACCUUUGCUUAAAAAUAAAUGUCAAAUUAGGAGGCGUAAAUAACAUUCUACUGCCACAGGGAAGACCCCCAGUAUUCCAGCAGCCUGUCAUAUUCCUUGGUGCAGAUGUAACUCACCCACCAGCUGGAGAUGGGAAAAAGCCUUCCAUUGCUGCAGUUGUGGGAAGCAUGGACGCUCAUCCCAACCGCUACUGUGCCACUGUUCGGGUCCAGCAGCACCGCCAGGAAAUCAUCCAGGAUUUGGCUGCCAUGGUCAGGGAGCUGCUCAUCCAGUUCUACAAAUCCACCAGAUUCAAACCAACCCGCAUCAUCUUCUACAGGGACGGGGUUUCGGAGGGCCAGUUUCAACAGGUGCUGCACCACGAGCUGCUGGCCAUCAGGGAGGCUUGCAUUAAACUAGAGAAGGAUUAUCAGCCUGGAAUCACAUUUAUAGUUGUGCAGAAAAGGCAUCACACCAGACUCUUCUGCACGGAUAAAAACGAACGGGUUGGAAAGAGUGGAAACAUUCCAGCUGGUACCACAGUGGACACAAAAAUCACCCACCCAUCAGAGUUUGACUUCUACCUGUGUAGUCAUGCUGGGAUUCAGGGAACAAGCAGACCCUCCCAUUACCAUGUCCUGUGGGAUGACAAUCGUUUCUCCUCGGAUGAGCUGCAGAUCCUCACCUACCAGCUGUGUCAUACGUACGUACGCUGCACCCGCUCCGUGUCCAUCCCUGCACCAGCAUAUUACGCACACCUGGUGGCCUUCAGAGCCAGGUACCAUCUGGUGGAUAAAGAGCACGACAGUGCUGAAGGAAGCCACACUUCUGGCCAGAGCAAUGGCAGAGACCACCAAGCACUUGCCAAGGCAGUCCAGGUUCACCAGGACACGCUGCGCACGAUGUACUUCGCCUGACGUGUUUUAAUGCUCAGCGGCUCCGGAUGAGGCACAGUUGGAUUCACACGAGACCAGCUGCACUUAGACCAACCCCAGCUCCAGGGACAGCCAGCAAUGAGUGACACAUCUUAAUUCCUUUCUUUUCCCCUUUCCCAAGGAAGCCUUCCGUCCAGAAUUUCACACGUGAUUACGAACUGCAUUCUUGUACCAAACCCCGCUAUUGUUGGAAAUGUGGUUUGCCAAAAAAAAAAAAAAAAAAAUCUCUAAGCUGCUUGGUAUAAAACAGACCCAUAUUUUAUAAUUAAAUCAAGAGCUGCAAUCUCAGGGCUUAGGGAAGAAAGAAAAAGACACAAACAAAUGAAACAAAAAAAAAAACCAACAACCCGACCCACAAAACUCCUCAUUCAGUUUGCUAUUCAUUGAGUUGCUUUUAAUAAUUUGGAAAGAUCUAAUUCAUACUAAGGUUUGAUGAGCUAAAAUGCUGUGAAUUAGCUUUUAAUGCAAAGCAAAGCAUUUUUUUACUAUUUAUGAAGCCUUGAUUAUUCUAGAUGAAUUUACAAAAUUUUUAUUUUCAAAAUAAGAGAGUGACAAAAUUCUGGUUUUCAACUGUCUUAUAAAGAUUAUUCUCAGAUUAUUCUCUGUGUGUCUAAGGGCAAAUGUAUUUUCUGAAGCUUGUUCUUGAAUGUUUUUUAUUGUGCUGCAUUUGAAAAUGUUUUUCAUAGGCUAAAGAUGAAUUUAAAAAAAAAAAAAAAGAAUAAACUUGUACCUAAGCUUUUAAUAGCUCCAGUUAGAUUGGCAAAAGAAAAUGUGCCAUUUAAAAAACUUGUAAAGAUUUUUUUUUUAAGAUCAUACUGACAGCUAACUCUAGGAUUUGUCAUACAGGACUGUGACACUUACUUUCCAAAGUCUCUAAAGAAUACGGGUCUGUGGUGAUAAAUACAGUACAAUCCUUUUUCACUGUAGUUUGAGUUUAAUGUAAAUUUUAUAUAUGUUUCACAGUAUUAAUGUGAUAGACUAGAUGCUAUUAUUUAUUUUUAUUUACUAAGGAGUGCUCAUUAUACUUCUGUUAACAUAUCAAGAACGCUUUGAACUUUAGAAAAGUGAAAAACCUUCUCGUGGGGACAUUUUACUCUUCAAAUGCAAAAAAAAAAAAUAUGCAAUCGAGGUGGUGAGAGGUCAGAGAUGGAAAACAGUGUCUGUUGUAGCUUGGGAUUUGCAGAAGGGCUUUUCAAACGUGCACACGACACAGCAGGUUUUACCUCUGCGGUUCAGAGACGCACACGAGACCAACACCCUCCGUUCGUUCAAGCACAAGACAAUGGUAUUUUAUUUAUAGGCUGAAUUUUGGUGCAGCAGGAGCUCCAGCAGGGGAGAGUGGCUCGCUGCAGGUUAGGCAGAAGCCCGAGAAUCUAUGCAGUAAAGAUGAAUCUUAGGAAAACUGAAGUUUACUUAGGGAGGGAGGUGAAACUCUCUUCGAUAUGCGUGAGGGCUGUAGGAAAGGGGAGAGUUUUGCUGUUCUUUGAGAAGCAUUAAUUACAGCUGAUGAGCUCUAGACAGACACUUCUGUUAGUUUGCACACUGGAUCCAGAAAAACCAUGACACACCUGUAUAAACCAUUGCACUAAUUACAAUGCCACAAGCCAGGUUUAGGAGAGAAUGGAAAAAGCCCAGAAAACUUGUUUAUGCUCACUUGAUCUUGCUUGUUUUUCCAUAGGAGAACUGAAAUAACGUGCUAAAGAGGCAGGUUUGAAAACUUUCGUUCUCUUCCACUGAUUGAUUUUGCUUUUUUUUCCCUUUUCUCUGAGCAGCUGCUCAGUCUGGUUUGGAUACUUUUACCUCUGGCCACUGGGGCGGGUGAGUAGCUUUAACCCACACAGUGCUCUGGGCCCUGGAGCAGAUCCACUGCAACCAGUGGCUGUUGGAUAAGCCAGAAAAUGCCCAACCUUUUGCUGCAUAAAGACUUUUAGGUACAUAAUUUUGUGCAAGUUCUGAUCUUCACCUUGUAGCAGUCGUGUUGGUUGUUGGUGUUAUUUUUUUUUUUAAGUGAAAUGUAAAAAACUAUUAAUGGAAUCAUUGUGUUUGUAUUAUCCUAAUUUGGAGAUUAGGCUGCUGGGGCAGAGUUGUCUUCUUGGUCGUAGUUAUAUAAAUUCAGAUUUAAGCAAAUCUUAAGCCAAGCUUAGGGUAGCACUGUCUGUCUUGCUGUGUCCCAGCCAGGUUGUACCUACCUCCCCCCAGGCACCCCUAAACUGCAGAACCUUCCCAUGGUGGGUGUUGUUGCACUUCCCUGUGUUUCCCUUGAGAGGUUUCCUAUUUCAGUGAAGAUUUUAAUUUGGCAGAGUUUUAUAUAAGAAUUAUUUUUUUAUAUGAAUUGUUCGUAACAAAUAGAAAAAAA